GAGGCUCUUCGCUCCUACUUCCCGAGAAGAGUAGAAAUCGAAUCCUUCGAGUCUGUCUCAGAGAAGUGGCCGAGAAUGGGGGUUUUGAGAGGACACGGUUUGAGUUUUGACGGCUUUCUCGUUGAUUUGAUCACCGCCGUCGGAUGCCCCAAAUGUUUCCGCCAUGUCUCAAUGAAGCGAUCGGCUCCGCCUUUGAAAUCACUCGCCGCCGUAGCUACUGAAACCACCGCCAUGUCUUCUCCGAUUCCACACCGUGGCGGUAGAAAGCCUUGGGCGGCCGGAAGAGGCUUCUCCGACCGCCAAUACCGUGGCGGGAGAGGCCCACAGUUCUUUGCCGGAGACUCACCAGACCCUAAUUACUCAGGGCUUGGCAGAGGGGGAUGGCACGGUUCUUCGAAUCAAUGGCCACCGCCGGCAUACUUGCAGAGCCAAAGCCAACAGUUCCGGCAGCCGUCUCCGCGUUACUACUCAAAUCAGCAUCAAUUCCGGUCACCUCCACCCUUCGUUCAAAAUCAGAACCACCAACAGUUCCGGCAGGCUCCGCCGUUUGAUCGGAAUCAAGGUUUCCGCCCCCAUCAGCAGCAGCAGCAACUCCCGCCGAGGCCGCCGAAGGAAUUGCUUUUCCGGAAUUGGGAGUAUGCAAAUGUUUUUCCUCCUCCAAAUGCAGAGAGAUUCAUUGUUCUUUCUUAUAAUAUACUGGCCGACUAUCUAGCCGUCAACCACAAGAGCAAACUUUACUUCCACAUACCUCAGCAUAUGCUGGCUUGGCAAUGGAGAAAGAGAAGUAUAGUUUUUGAGCUUGGCUUGUGGAAAGCAGAUAUAAUGUGCUUUCAGGAAGUUGACAGAUUUCAGGAGUUGGAAGAUGAGUUGAAGGGAUCAGGGUACAAUGGAAUCUAUCAGAUGCGGACAGGCAGUGCUACUGAUGGUUGUGCCAUCUUUUGGAGAGAAUCAAAGGCCAAUGUGGUUAAAUCAUGCAUACAACUUUUGAUACUAGGUUUAUCAACACCAUUGGUGGUGAUCUUAUUUUCAGAUUUCACCCUCAGGCUUACACGUGGAUUUGUUACCUUCCUUAGAUUCAACUUGGUCCACGAGGAAUCUAUUGUUUUCAAUAAGUUUGGACUGCGGGAUAAUGUUGCUCAGAUAUGUGUGCUGGAGGCAAUAAGUCAAAGUUUGAAUUCUAAUGCAUCAACUCUCUCUGCAAGCUCAGCAGGUUCUAAUAAAGUUGUUGUAUGCAACAUUCAUGUGCUGUACAAUCCUAGAAGGGGUGAAAUAAAGAUCGGUCAGGUGAGAAAGCUUCUUGAAAAGGCUCAUGCUGUGUCAAAAUUGUGGAAUGAUGCUCCAGUUGUUCUUUGUGGCGACUUCAAUUGUACUCCAAAGAGUCCAUUGUACAACUUCAUCUCCCAACAGAAGUUAGAUUUGUCUGAAGUGGAUAGAGAUAAGGUAUCAGGACAGGCUUCUGCAGAGAUUCGAGCUCCUACAAGGACAGUCUAUUCUGGUGGUAAACCCAAUCAUAGUUCUAGUCCUGGGACUCACUCCCCCAAUACUUCAGUUGAAGUUGUACAGAGAAGGGAAGAAUCAGAUUCUAGAUCUAGUAUGACUGUGGGUCAAAGUCACGAGUCAAGUAAUUCUAUAGAAGAUACCCGAAGAAACUUCAAGGAUCUCUCAUUAUCCCAUGAAGUAUCUUGCUCUGGGAGCAGAUCAUUUCAUUCUUUACAGCCAAUUUCCGACAGUGCAAGUGGAUCUAAUAGCGUCAACCAAGUAGAAGAUAGUCUAGAAUCCGAAUUUACACAAGUGUUCAGCAAGUUCCAGUCUGAACUCUCCAUAACUGGUGAAGAUGAAAGCAGUUUUCUAGCUUCACUGCAUGACACUAAUGAUACCUUCUCUGAAAUUGCUAGCUCAGAUUUAGAUCAAUCCAGUGGAGAAUUUGGAACGGGUCCAAAUGAUGAGUCUAAGGUGCAUUCGCCAACCAAUGAGUUGGCCAAUGAUUCUUCUGAGAAUCAGAACUUAGUGGAAGUUGUUGAUGAGGUUUCUAUCUAUGAUCCAUCGGUCUGGACACCAAUGGAAAUAGCUACUGCUACAGGUGACGCAGACUGUACCUGCUUACAGCAUCCUUUAACUCUUAGAAGCGCUUAUACCCAAGUUGAGAACCAUUCAGGAACAAGAGAUCCCUCUAAUGGAGAACCUGAGGCGACUAGCUACAACAGGCAUUUCUUGGGCACAGUUGACUACAUAUGGUUUUCAAAAGGUCUGCAGACUGUGGGUGUACUUGCUCCGAUACCAAAACGUGCGAUGCAGUGGACAACUGGGUUCCCGACAAAGAAAUGGGGGAGCGACCAUAUCGCGUUGGUUUCUGAACUGGCCUUCACUCCGACUGGCAACCUAGAAGAAGGCGCCCGACCAUCACAUGCACAAGAAGCAUCUGGGAAUGGAGGCGGCCAAACAUAACGUCUUCGGCCUUGAGGUUUAGGAAUGUUUCUGAGUUCUUACUCUUUGAACUGAUUUACUUUAUUCUCCAUCCCUAAUCUGAGGUAAGAGUGCAGAAGCCUUGCGCAUUCUCUGUGUCAUACUAGGUUCAUGGCUAGUUCAUUUUCUGUAGUAGCAACGAGUCCUGUUGUGUGUGUGAUGUGUACACCUAGUUUAAGCGGCGGUGAUCGAAGCCAUACAGGCAUGCAUAGCUCCUUGUGUCGGAUCCCCUAAUUCGCAGUGUGAAAUUUAACAACUUUUUAAUGCUGGAACUGAGAAAGGGUUGAAGAAAUUCAUCUCUUUACUCACAACAUCUCUGCUAAAAAUGUGGUUGAUGGUUCUCUACGAAAUUAUACCCCUAUGGCUGGUCCAGCUUUGUCUGUUCCUUUGUAGGCGGGGACCUGAAU